UUCAACUAUCUUUGCAGAAGAGUUACCAGGGCUCCCCAGGCGGAGACGCAACGAGACAGAGAGAAGAUAGUCCGGUUAGCAGGUCUCAUUACCGCAUUCUCCUUUUCAGCCAACGAUCGGUUCUUUCACUGAUGGAGGAUAAGAAAAUAGGAGGAGAAGAGGGAGGAAAGGGAGAAAAAGGAGGAUUCUACCGUUCAGCCAAACGCCCCCGAACGGAGGAGGAGGCCGGUGCAAGGGAUCUGGAGGAAGAUGAAGAGAAGGAGGAAGAAGCGGGCUCCACGGACGAGGAUGAGGUGGGGGGCAUCGACAGCAGAACCCGAAGGAGCGCUAGCAAGGACUUUGUGAAGGACAGUCACCUCAUCCCUCCAUCACCCGUUGUCCAUGUCCGAGGACUGUGUGAUGCCGUGGUGGAGGCUGACCUGGUGGAAGCACUUGAGACGUUUGGCAAGAUCUGUUAUGUGAUGAUGAUGCCCUUUAAGCGGCAGGCUCUCGUGGAGUUUGAUAGCUUGGACAGUGCAGAACAUUGUGUGACGUGUGGAGGCAGCGAGCCCAUCUUUAUCGCCAACCAGCAGGCCUUCUUUAACUUCUCCACCAGCCAGAGAAUCACCCGACCCACCAAUGCAGAUGACCCAACCAGCAAAAACAAGGUUCUUCUGUUGUCCAUCCAGAAUCCACUGUACCCCAUCAGUACUGAUGUGUUGUACACUGUAUGCAACCCCGUGGGUAAUGUCCUGCGCAUCGUCAUCUUCAAACGCAACGGCAUUCAGGCCAUGGUGGAAUUUCAGUCAGUGGAAGACGCUCAGAAAGCCAAAAUGGCGCUAAACGGAGCAGACAUUUACUCCGGCUGCUGCACACUGAAGAUCGAAUAUGCUCGGCCUAACAGACUGAACGUCGUUCGCAAUGACACCUCCAGCUGGGAUUACACGAAACCAUUCCUCCUGCACAGAGAUCGGGGAAAGGGAAGGCAUCGUCAAGCCAUUCUGGGAGAGCAUCCAUCCAAUGGCUAUGGCCCACACUGUUCUCUGUUGCCCCUGCCUCCUAACAGCAGGUAUAGAAGAAGCCAUGAACAGGUACAGGACCUGGUCUCUUACAGACAACUCCUCCCAAAGCCCUUCUCUUCCACACGUCCUUCCACCCUUUUGUGCUGUACCUCUGUUGCCAUGGUGAGCGGCCUCCAUCCAAACAACAUGAACUGUAACCGCAUCUUCAACCUCUUUUGUCUAUAUGGCAAUGUGGAAAAGGUAAAGUUUAUGAAGAGUGUUUCUGGAACAGCACUGGUGGAGAUGGCUGAUGAGUAUGCUGUGGAUCGCGCUGUGACCCACCUCAAUGGCACCAAGGUGUUUGGCAAGAAACUAAAUGUCUGUGUGUCCAGGCAGCAAGCAGUGAUUCCCAAUCAUGUAUUUGAACUGGCUGACGGCAGCAGCAGCUAUCAGGACUUCAGUCUGACCAGAAACAAUCGCUUCAGUAGUCUACACAGUCACAGAAACAUCAUCCAGCCACCGACCGCUGUUCUGCACUUCUACAACGCCCCACCCACCCUCAACCAACAGCAGCUGCUAAACUUCUGUUCUGAACACAACGCUCCUGCCUUCACCAAGUAUAAGGUCUUUGAUGCCAAACCCAGCUCUAAGACCCUUUCUGGUUUGUUGGAGUUUGACUGUAAAGCUGCUGCUGUUGAAGCUUUGAUCGUGCUUAACCACCACCAGUUUAGAAUAGCUGGCAGCUACAACCCCUUCACCAUAAAACUUUGCUUCUCCACUUCCACCCACCUGUGACCCAGAAUAUAGAUGGUUAUCACAAACACACCCGCAGAGGAAAUAUUUAACUUCUCAACCUGAAAAGAAUGAGCAGUUUGAUUUAUUUUUUCAGUGUUUAUAUGUUUUCAUGCUUCUUGAAAGGAUAAGGAAGAGAAAUACCAUGAAUUUAACACAAUUGUGAACAUUUCUUGUUCUAGUUACACUUUUUAUUCAGUGUACGGUUUAUGGCACAAGCUGCAGAUUACAGUGCAAAUUUGAAUUGGUUAAAAACCUAAAGUUUCAUCAUAUCUGUAAUUGCUCAGAAGAAAUCACUGAAGGAUGUGGGAAUACGAACUGGGAGCACAUGUAUGAUUGUGAUUCCAGUUAAUGAGGGCAACAUGUAAACAUACAGUCAUUUUAGUAAGCAUAAUAUACCAGUAUACUACAGCUCAAUAUUCACUUAGAAGAACGCGUUUCCAGCCAGUGCCUGCUUUUAAAUUAUCCUCUGGCCAAAGGCUACAGUUGAAAAGGGUCUUAAACGCAGUCAAAUUUUGACAAAUAAUCCAAAUAACAACAGAAGAGUUUGUUUCUGUACAGAACUACAGCAACAGAAGCUGCUGAAUUUUAGGACACAUUCGACAAAUAUGUUGUCGGUUGACAAUGUGUACCAUAUUUGGCUUUAAUAUUAUUGUAUCACUGUAAUUUUUUUUAAAGAUUACCCAUUUGUAACAAAGCAAUUAGUAUGUUUGUCCCAGCCAAUGUUUCUGUGAUUAAACAGCUUUGUGUGUCUCUGUA